UAGCCAACAGAGAAAAAAUGAGAAAGAAGGCUCGACCACCAUCACUAAAAAAGACACUAGUACAGCUACAGUGCAAUCCGAGUUGAAUCCCAGACCUAAACAAAAGAGGGGUCAGGCAAAAGUGAAGCCUGCCGAGGUUGUUGAGUUUAAGGGUAGGCCCUCAGCUACUUUGCAGAUGGUUAAGUCUGCCUAUGAGUCUCAAAAAAAGUUGCAUGGUUAUGUUGAAGACGAACAUGCUAGGUCCUUGUGAGCUAAGCUUUUCCCUUUUAUGACUUUGGCUAACGAACUCUUCUGUUUUUCUGAGGAUAUGAAAAUGAUCAAUAAGGUCGGUCGUGCAGGAACAAGUCAUUUUCUUCAGGUGAUUGGUGCCCAUAUCGUGGCCAUUGGUAGGACACAGGAGCUUGCUCUUGAAAAGGAGAAAAAAGAAGCUUUAAGUGCUGCUGAAUUGUCGGCUGCCGUUCAGGAGAAGGAGAAAGUAAUUAUUGAGCUUUCUUCUUUUCUAAAGCGGAAGGAGACGGAGCUUAUUGAGGAGAGACGUCUUCAGCUCUCUUCAGCUGAGCAGAAAAAGACGGUGAAGUCUGAGAAUGAUCAGUUGGUGGCUAGGCUGAAAGAGUUGGAGACGGAUGUUUAUGAAGCCUUUGCACAAGGCUUCGACCGGGUUGUCUCUCAAGUUAAGGUCUUUUUCCCUGAGGCAGAUGUUAUGAAGCUUGAUGCGACUAAAGUGGUUGUGAAUAACGAGUUGGUGAACAAUGAUGCGAUGGUGGAGAAAAGAGAGCGAGAGCUCAAGUAUCAGUGACAAAGUAGAAUAGUUUGAAUAGUUUGUUUUUUUUUUUUGUUAAAUGUGUUUGAAAAACUGUCGCUGUAUUUAACAGUUAGUUUGGACAAUUGCCGAGUAUGAAGCUCGAUUUAUUUUGA